AUGGCAAUUUCCUUGCAGUUUAAAUGUGAACAGAAGAAGUCUCCAGUUUUCAAAAUGGCUGAAGCCAUUGUCUCGGUGGUGUUGGAUACGCUUCGUGAUUUGUUGGUGGAAGAGGCGAGUUCUCUGUCCAGAGUGUCUAGUCAAGUUGAAGAAGUUCGGAAAGAGCUAAAGCGGAUUCUGUGCUUCCUCAAAGAUGCUGAUAGCAAACAGUGCAAGGAUGAAAUUGUUCGGAACUGGUUAAGGGAAAUCAGGAGUCUUGCUUAUAGGAUUGAAGAUCUUGUGGAGACUUAUGCAAUCCAAGUUGCAGCCAGGGAUUCAUCAGGAAAGAGUAUCACGAAAUUUCUGAAAAGGUCUGCUGGUAUUUUCGGGGAGAUUAGAUCUCUUCACAAACUUGGAACUGAGAUUGAAAAGGUCAAAGCUGAUAUAAGUAGCAUCACAACAAGUCUUGAAAGGUACAACAUUAGAGCCAUUGAUGGAGAUGGGGAAAGCUUGUCGAACCAGAAUGAAAAAUACCAGCAAUGGAUCCGACAGACUUAUGCCCAUGAAGUUGAGGACUACUUUGUUGGAAUGGAGAAUGAUAUCACGAACUUAGUGUCGGUGAUCACAGAUUGCGGUAGGAAUCACCGUGUUAUUUCUAUAUUGGGAAUGGGCGGUCUUGGGAAGACAACUCUAGCAAGAAAAAUAUACAGACAUAAAGUUGUCCAGCGCUGUUUUGAGCGUUUUGCGUGGACCUGCAUAACGCAACAAGCUCAAAUCAAAUUCAUUUUACAAGAUCUCUUGAUCCAGCUUCUUCCUGAAAAGAAGGAUGAUGUAAAAUUCAUGGAAGGCAGGGAGUUAGUCCAAAAGCUUAACCAAGUUCAGAUGGAGAGAAAAUGUUUGGUUGUUUUGGAUGAUAUCUGGAAAGUAGAAGACUGGAAAAGCAUUCUUGCUGCAUUUCCUCUUGCUCAAGGAAACAGCAAAGUAUUGCUAACUACUCGGAAGAGAGAAGUUGCAGAGGUGGGUUUUCCCUACGAGCUCGAGUGCUUGAGUGAAAUGGAAGGCUGGGAAUUGCUUCAGAAAAUAGCAUCUUCAAGUGAAAGAACAGAUUUCAAGAAUCUGCAACAUUUUUCAAGUGAUUUCAAGGAUGUUGGGUUAGAAAUGAUAUCCAAGUGUGGACGUUUACCAUUAGCAAUUUCCGUACUUGGAGGGAUCCUUAAAGAGAAGAAUUCUUUAGCAGAUUGGAAAAUGGUCAACAAACACAUCGGUACAUAUCUUAACCAUAAUGGAGAGACAAAUGGCGGAUCAGUGGGCCGAGUUUUGUCUCUGAGUUAUCAUGAACUGCCAUAUCAUUUGAAGCUAUGCUUCCUUUACCUGGGAAAUUUUAAAGAGGAUGAGGAAAUAAAGCCAGAGCAUCUGUAUUUACUUUGGAUGGCCGAAGGUUUGAUUUUGUCGCAACAUAAGAGAAAUGGAGAAAGAAUGAUUCAAGUUGCAGAAAGGUAUUUGAUUGAAUUAGGCCACAGGUCCAUGGUUCAGCUGAAACUGGAUGAGUUCUCUCCAACCAGAAGGCUCAUUUCGUGUCGCCUUCACGACAUGAUGAGGGAUUUGUGUUUAGAGAAAGGCAAAGAAGAAGAGUUCGUAAAGGUUGCAGAUUUUCAAAAUGUAGAUGGAGCCUUGUUGGAUUCGUCUCUUGUCACUAAUAACAAUGCACAUCGGUUAGUCAUCCAUAUUGACAACGCGACUGCUGCAAUUAGUAUUCAAGAGGAUUGCUCGAAAAUUCGAUCUCUUUUCUUCCUCAAAGCAAUUAGUGGAUUUUGGGAAAAGGAAAUGUCAUGGCCGCGGGGCGUGGUUAUGAAGAACUUUAAGAAGCUGAGAGUACUAAAAUUUGAGGGUUUUGAUUUUGAAGGGCAACCGUUUCCCAUAGAGUUGGCCAACUUGAUCCACCUCAGGAUUUUGAGUUUGAAGUACUGCAAAUUGGAUGAAUUACCGGCUUGUGUAGCCGACUUGCCAUUGUUGCAGACCCUUGAUCUGCAGGUCAAAAAUGAAAUCAGAAUCCCAAAUGUGAUCUGGAAAAUGAAGCGAUUGAGGCAUUUAUAUUUUAACUACAAACAUUGUACUAAAGGCGGGAAACUUCGACUACACGGUCUAACUCAACUGGAAACACUCUGGGCACUUGUAGGCGAGAUGGAUGAAAUCGCAGAUCUUCCACAGCUGAAAAACCUUAAAGUUCUUUAUGCACGAGUAAACGAUGACGACAACCUUCACAUUUUGAUUGAUUAUAUCAACACAAGCGGUCAUAAUCUACAAGAGAUACGCCUUUCCAUUGGUGACUGUGAUUUUGUUGGUUCAGACAAUGGAUAUGAUCUUUUGAAAAGCGUUUUCCAAUGUGGAAGUCUUCAUAGCUUGUACCUGGAUUCAAAGUUAGUAAAAUUUCCAGCUUAUGAGCAACAUUUCCUAAAAGGCCUGACUGUUUUACAAUUAAGAGACAACAAUAUGGAAGAAGAUCCAAUGGAAGCAUUAGGACAUCUUCCUCAAUUGCGAUCCCUUUUAUUAGGACAUAAUUCUUACAUGGGAAAAUACAUGGUAUGUCAGGAACUAACAUUUCCUCAGCUUCAAUAUCUGGUGCUUUUCAGACUGCCUAAUUUGGUGUACUGGAAGGUGGAUGAAGGAUCUAUACCUAAUCUUUCUCGUCUCGGAAUUUCUCAUUGUGACUCACUGGCUAUGAUCCCAGAUGGAUUGCAAAGUCUCAGUGGUCUGAAAAAGUUAAGGAUUGUUGGCAUGCCUCAUGAAUUUUGUGACAGGAUUACAAUGGUAGAUGGCCAUGAAGGAGAUGAUUAUUACAAAAUUCAACAUGUUCCUUUAAUUACAGUAUUAAAUCCUCUUUGA